ACGCCACCCUGCUGCUCACACGCUCAUUUCGCUGAGCUCAUCACCCGAUGAACAGCUGAGACUCGAGCUGAGACUCGCUACAAACUGAAAUCUGACUCUGGACAGACAAAAGACCGUCUGCUGUUUCGAAGUGCCAAAAACGACCGUGCGUAAUUGUGCGUAAAAACCAUGAGUGCCACAGCAGCAAUGGAGGUGAACGCCGAAGCCAGAAGGAUCCUGGCGGUGUCGAUAAGCAAGCUGUACGCGUCCAGGACCCAGAGAGGCGGACUGAGACUCCACCGGAGCCUCCUGCUCUCCCUGGUCAUGAGGUCUGCCCGGGACAUCUAUCACUCCUCCCGGGAGAGCGAGGCCCAGCCGACAGACGCCGAGCCGAUGGACACCGGCUCCUGCUCGGGGGAACAAACCAAGUCGCCCGCGCCUCAGCCUGAGCCCCAACCCGCACAGACUCGAGCUGAAACGCCGGUGGAGGAGCCAGGCAACGCGGGGAAAGACUUUGAUGGUGAAUCCACGGAGGACAAAGAGAACCAGAGUCCGGCGAGGCAGUCCAGGAAACGCCGGGGGAAGGCGUCGGCGGCGCCUGACUUCCUUCCCAGCAAGAGGGCGAGGCUGGAGCCCGGAGAGGAGAGGUACGCGGCCAUGCUGGGCAGCUGUCGCGUAGGGGCCGUGGAAUCCCUGACCGCUUUGUCUCUAAAUCGGGUUAUACCUGCCUUCUGAACAUAUGGAGGGGGAGAAAAUAGCCUCCAAUGAGACUUAGGAGAGGAGUUGAUCGUUAACCUAUAAGGGCGAUCUGAUCCCUGCGCGCACCGAGGAGCUGACCUACAUCAGCCGUCCCGGGACACGAGUGGUUGCCGGGGCCGUGGUGCGACCUCUGCGGUGGAACUGCGUGUGCCUGUCGGGCGCGUAAAAGCCCCAGUGGUGACCAACAGGCCGAGAAGCAGGAGAGACAGAGACUCAGGCCGAGGAAGGGAACUGAAGAGGCCGGAAAGUUUGAGGGAGAAACCGAAGGGGAACUGGUUGAGUUACUUUUUAGUUUCCCAGUGAUUCACCUUCACUCAGAUGAGAACAAACAAGUGACUGCUGCUGACUCAAAGUGUGUGAAUGUGUGAUUCAGCCGAGAAUUAUUGAGUCAGACAGAGAAGAAGAAGUGAGGUGGUGAACGUUUGACCACAGACACACACACACACACACACACACACACACACACACACACACAGGAGCAGGACUUCAGGGAAUUUCCUGCCUUUGUACGAGGAACUCAGACUCUGACACGGAGAGGAAGAGCAGUGGAGAGACACACACACACACACACACACACAUCCAGCUGCUGCUGCUGUGGACUUUAAUAAAUCAAUACUACUGCUCUGCACUGUCCUACAUACCGUGUUCACACGGUGCUUUGGAGAAAGAAAAACAUGCUCUUAACUUUCUGUGUUUUCAAGUCACUGAAAUGUUCCUGCUCUCCAGUGACAUGUGAGAAAAACAUUACCUCGAAUUUCAAGCUGCUCUUUUUGUUCGUUUGAUUGAAUUCAUGUUGUAAAUAUUUGUAAUAAACUGAUGAAAUGGAA